GGGAGGGAGAGGAGAAAAAAGGGGGAACUGGCAAGGGAAGCAAACGGAGGAUGGAGAAGAAGGCUGUUCGGGAGGUAAUUGUCGCAUGAGAGCACCAGAUCUUGUUGCCAUCAGAUGACGGUGGCCUCGUGAAGGAAGCAGCUGCUCAAUGCUUCACUUCUGAGGGGGAGGAGCGGAGCGUUUAGAGGAGGAAGAAGAGGACCGAGCGAGGGAAGGAGGCGGAGGUGGAAACAGGUGCAUGGAAAUGGCUUCCGUUUCAUCGAACCCUCGCAGCGUCGAAGAGAUCUUCAAGGACUACAGCGGCCGUCGUAGUGGAAUCAUCCGAGCCCUAACUUACGAUGUUGAUGAAUUUUACUCGCUUUGUGAUCCCGAUAAGGAGAAUCUAUGCCUGUACGGGAACCCAGAUCAAUCGUGGGAGGUGAACUUGCCAGCCGAGGAAGUUCCGCCGGAGCUUCCGGAACCUGCUCUGGGGAUUAAUUUUGCAAGGGACGGGAUGAAUCGCAAAGAUUGGCUAUCGCUUGUUGCUGUGCACAGCGACUCGUGGUUGCUUUCUGUUGCUUUCUAUCAUGGCGCUCGCUUCAACCGCAACGAGAGAAAACGCCUCUUCAGCAUGAUCAAUGAUUUGCCAACUGUCUUUGAAGUGGUGUCUGAAAGAAAGCCAGCAAAGGAAAAGCUAGCUGCUGAUAGUGGAAGCAAACCCAGACCAUCGACAAAGCGUUCAAGUGAUGGGAUGGUGAAAAAUAGUUCAAAGCCGGCAGACGAGUUAGAUGGUUAUGAUGAAGAUGAUGAAGAACACAGUGAGACUCUUUGUGGAAGUUGUGGAGGUAACUAUAAUGCAGACGAGUUCUGGAUUGGGUGUGAUAUCUGCGAGCGGUGGUUCCAUGGCAAGUGUGUGAAAAUAACACCUGCCAAAGCUGAGAGUAUAAAGCAAUACAAAUGUCCUUCAUGUAUGAAGAAAGGCAAGUAGAAAGCACAGAAAUGACAUCUUCGUAGCAAACGUGAAAAUGAGAAUUGCACUGAUUGGAUUUUCUAAACUCGAGGUUGACAGAUUACUAUAGAAUGUUUUUGUGCAUUAUUUAGAAUUAAAAAGAAUCCUGUUUCUACUUUUAA